CAUAUAAAAGCGAAUGGUUGAAAUCUUCACAUUCUCAUCACAACAGCAAAGCCAUUAAUAUCAAGCGAUUAUAUUAUUCAGAAAUUAGCGUUUUCGCUAAAUUAUCAAAAAAUCAUCAUGACUAAAAAUACUCUAACCGGUUUAAGACUAAGUUCCUUUGGAGUUUUGUUCAAAAUGGCCCUUAUUUUUUCGGUAUUGAAACACGGGUCGUGCAUAAAAGUUAGCAUUUUCUACGAGGGGCUAUGUUAUGACAGUGUUAAAUUUAUUGGACAACAAUUAUAUCCCAACUGGAAUUCCAUUAAAUCGCACAUUACAGUGGAAUUUGUUCCAUAUGGGAAAGCUAUCCACACUUCCUUCGGUGACAACGGCUACAAAUUCAUGUGUCACCACGGCGCAGCGGAAUGUUUAGCGAACAAAUACCAAUCCUGCCUUUUGAAACAGAACAUGGACGAUACCAAAAACGUGGAGUUGAUAUAUUGCAUCAUGAGCUCGAACAAACCGGGAGCAUUCGACACUGCUCGUAACUGCGCUUCCGAAUUAGGAUACGACUUGACGAAGUUCACGAAGUGUGUGAAUAGCAAAGAAGCCGAUGAAUAUUUGGCAGAGAACGGCAACAAAACCUGGGCGGUGGUUCCGAACAUUUCCUUCGUUCCUACGAUAGUUUUCGACGAUAUAUUCGAACGAUCCCUCCAAGCUCAAGCCCUCACCGAUUUCAUCGGCGUCGUUUGCGAUCGAAUUAUCGACAUUACGCCGCCGAAAAUUUGCGAAAGGAAACCGAAAGAUAAAGUCUCGGUUUGACUUAACUUAAGCAUUUUGUGUAAUAGUGACGACUGAAUUUAUAUUUCGAAUUAUUUUUUAUUACUUUUGAAUAGUCUUAAUAACUUACCGAGUGGUUAUAUUUGAAAAAUACAACCGCAAGAAACAUUAAAAACAAUAAAGAAGAGGAGUUGUUAGAUUUAGUUUCAUUUUUUCUUGUUUUAUUUUCUUAUACUUAUGUGCCUAAAUAAAAGAAACCGUGUUA